AUGGCCCAUUCGCCGUCAUCGUCGUCGGUCGACGACCCCGCCGACAACACGGCCGACGAGGAGGAUUCCGAGGACUAUUGCAAGGGCGGCUACCACCCCGUCCAAAUUGGCGAAAAGUUCAAGGAUGGCAAGUACACGGUCGUGCGCAAGCUCGGAUGGGGUCACUUUUCCACCGUCUGGCUCUCCCGCGACAACAACAACGGCAAGCACGUCGCCCUCAAGGUCGUCCGCUCCGCCGCCCACUACACCGAGACCGCCAUCGAUGAGAUUAAGCUCCUCAACAAGAUCGUCCAGGCCAAACCCGACCAUCCCGGCCGCAAGCACGUCGUCAGCCUCCUCGACUCUUUCGAGCACAAGGGCCCCAACGGCACCCACGUCUGCAUGGUCUUUGAGGUUCUCGGCGAGAACCUCCUAGGCCUUAUUAAGCGCUGGAACCACCGCGGCAUACCCAUGGCACUUGUUAAGCAGAUCACCAAGCAGGUCCUGCUCGGCCUUGACUACCUCCAUCGCGAGUGCGGCAUCAUCCACACCGACCUGAAGCCCGAAAACGUCCUCAUUGAGAUCGGCGACGUCGAACAGAUCGUAAAGAAGGUGGUCAAGAACGAGCCGGGGGAUAAGGAAAACAACCGCAACGGCCGCCGGAGACGGCGGACCCUCAUUACCGGCAGCCAGCCCCUGCCGUCUCCCCUCAACGCCACCUUCAACCAGAACAACCUCUUCCCAUCCUCGGGCUCCCAGCCCAGCCUCGCAGGAGUCCUUAACGAGGGCACCACCAGCACAAAGGAAUCAUCACCCAAGUCUGGCGACGAAUCGCAGAAGCAGCGCGAGAAGUCCGCCGACAUCCUCUCGCGCGAAGUAUCCGGCAUCUCGCUCGACAAGUCUAGUAGCUCCUCGGCCUCGACGGGUGACAAGCGCAAGGCUGAAGAUCCGCACGCCUUUGACGUUAUCAGCGUCAAGAUUGCCGAUCUUGGCAACGCGUGCUGGACGAACCAUCACUUUACAAACGACAUCCAGACGAGGCAGUAUCGGUCCCCCGAAGUCAUUCUCGGCUCCAAGUGGGGCGCCAGUACGGACGUCUGGAGCAUGGCCUGCAUGGUGUUUGAGCUCAUCACCGGCGACUACCUCUUCGACCCGCAGUCGGGCACAAAGUACGGCAAGGACGACGAUCACAUUGCCCAGAUCAUCGAGCUUCUCGGCCCGUUCCCCCGAUCGCUAUGCCUAAGCGGCAAGUGGAGCCAGGAGAUUUUCAACCGCAAGGGCGAGCUGCGUAACAUACACCGACUGCGACACUGGGCCCUGCCCGACGUCUUGCGAGAAAAAUACCACUUUAAGGAGGACGAGGCCAAGCGCAUCUCCACCUUUUUGACGCCGAUGCUCGAGCUGGUGCCGGAGAAGCGGGCCAACGCGGGAGGCAUGGCCGGGCACGGCUGGCUCGAGGACACGCCAGGCAUGAAGGGCUUGCGAAUCGAGGGCCUCGAAGUUGGCGGUCGGGGAGAGGGCAUCGACGGCUGGGCGACGGAAGUGAGGAAACGAUAAGGAGCCGGCACGCUCACGGACAAAGGCAACGGCCACACCGAGGGUCGAAACCUCGUCACCCUCGUUGCUGCGCUUGGCCUGUUGAUUGCCUGGGUAGGGGGCGGCUGGCGGGUGUUGUAGCAGCACGCGUCCUGGAGAGGGCUCAGAUACGUUGUGAGCGUCACUGGGACCAAGGAGGGCCCUGCGUUGCCUGGGACGCGCCCUCCCUCGGAUGUAGUUGUGGGCGAGGGAGGCUGCGCCCAAAGGGAGGGCUUCACGGCAGCUGCACAAGACGAAAGAAGAGGUGCUGUCACGACGACCGAUUCGACUUGACUUGACGUUGAAUGGAUGGAAUGGGCAUGGCAAACGGGAAUCGCAAGGACCAGAGAAGGAACCCAUAGGACGGACGGGACGGGAGAGGGUAUGAAUGAUAGAUAGACUUUGCACAUGACGUGUGUGUCUUUUUGUUACUCUUGUUUACCGGCGUGAUUGCGAGGGGGACCGUGUCGAAGUGAGUGUAGGUGUGUGAGUGAGUGAGUGA